AAUUAAAAUAAGACAUUUUGAAUUAAAUUGAAAACUUCAAACAUGAAUAAUACUCCAUAUCAUCUACUCAAAUGUUGUCCCUCGUUAAAUUGUAACCAAUUAUUUCGAUCAUUCAAAAUAAUUAAUAAUGUUCAAUCAAUAACCUUAAGCAAUGUCGUUUUUCUAUGCAACAAUUUAUAAGAAAUCGAUUAGACAGAAUUAUUAUUGCUCUAUGUAACAAUUCUAUGAACCCCCAAAAACAAAAAUCUCACUCCACCUCCAUGGAGGAAACGACUAAUUACUCAAAGAUACCCGAAUAUCCCAACCCAUUUAAAAACAGAAAAAACAAACCAAGAAAACAAUUUUCAGACGAAAAAAUUAACAUUAAAUCAACAGAAUUAUAAAGAACUAAAAAAUAAAAAAAUAAACAGAGAGAUACAAUGAUACAAGCAUACAACCGUACAAGUGUAGAAAGCACACAACAGAAUGACCCCCCAAAACGAAACCAAAAUCACACAACCAAUCAGAAAGUAGAAAGCAAGAUAUGGUUUUGGCAACACCCAUUUUCUCUUUCCUCCCCUCCAAUUUUCUUCGGCAUAUGCUUUUCUUCUUCCAGCAUCUCCUCCCAAAAUCCAAUUAUCCCUCCCUCCACUUUCCUCUCUUUAAAUACCUUCCGCCAUUGUUAAACCUUCCAUUUUCUCUCUCCUCUCUUCAACAAUGGCGUCUUCACUUUCACCGCACACUAGCCAUGUCGCCACUACCUCUUCUCACAAUCACAGGAGUAGAAAUUCUCUCUCCUACUUCACUGAUUAUCAUCACACUUCUUCUACUUUCCUCCCUUUUCGUAAACUCAACCUCGUUUCUCUCUCCUCUUCUCAUUCUCUCUCUUCUUCUUCGUCCUCGGCUUCUUCGCAGCUGGUGACUCGCGUUUCGACGGCGCCGGUGGGGUACGCGACUCCGGCGCCGGAGUUUGAUUUCGAGAAGGAGAUUGCUCGGCUAAGAAGCUUGAAGUUGAAGCUAUCAAAUGCAGGGAGUUUAGAUAGGAAGCACCGAGUCAUUGAUAAUGACUCGCGAGUUAGCCGAUUCUUCAAUUCGAGUCUGAGUGAUAUUUCUAGGGUUUUGGAAUCGGUGGAAUUGGAGUCGUUUGAGAUGUAUUUGAUCAAAUGUGUUGUUGCGGCGGGGCAGGAGCAUGUAAUUAGCUAUGGAGUGGAGGAAGAAGAGGAGGAGAGAGAAUUUGAGAGUAGUCGAAGUUCGUUGAAGAGUGCGUUGUUUUCGUUGGCGGAGAUGAUUGAGAGCUGGGAUAUGGUGGGAGGUGGUGCAGGGAAUGGUAAGAUGGGGAUGAGUAAGUUAAUGGAGGAAGAAGUUGCUGCUCUGAAGAAGCUGUUGAAGACUUUGGCUGAAAUGGAAAGGUUUUAUGAUUGCAUUGGUGGAAUUAUUGGAUACCAGUUAACUGUCUUAGAGCUUCUUGCUGAGUCAGUUACUGGGCAAACCAUGAAUAGUUCCCAGCACAUGAAAGAGUCGAUGAAAUGCCAAUUCGUUGAAAUUCAUUCUCCCAAGGGGGUUGACCUUUCAAGAAAUACAGAGUAUGCAUCACAAGCAGCUAUAUGGGGAAUCGAGGGUUUGCCAUAUCUUGGUGAAAUCUAUCCUCUGGGUGGCUCUGCGGAUAGGCUUGGUUUCGUUGAUUCUGAAACGGGUGAAUGUCUUCCUGCAGCUAUGCUGCCUUACUGUGGACGGACUUUGCUGGAAGGACUUAUUAGGGAUCUCCAGGCUAGAGAAUUUUUGUAUUUCAAGCUAUAUGGACAACAGUGCAUCACCCCCGUUGCCAUCAUGACAAGUGCUGCAAAGAAUAACCAUGAACGCAUCUGUUCACUUUGUGAGAAACUUAAAUGGUUUGGAAGAGGUCGAUCAACAUUUCAACUGUUUGAGCAGCCUCUUGUUCCAGCCAUCAGUGCCAAAGAUGGGGAAUGGUUGGUUUCUGAACCGUUUACUUUAGUUUGCAAGCCUGGAGGUCAUGGGGUAAUAUGGAAGCUUGCUUAUGAUAAAGGUGUCUUCCAAUGGUUUCACAAUCAUGGACGUAGAGGUGCAACUGUUCGGCAAGUCAGUAAUGUUGUGGCUGCAACAGAUUCUACCCUACUGGCUUUGGCUGGAGUUGGUUUGCACCACAAAAAGAAACUAGGCUUUGCAUCUUGUCAGAGGACUUCCGGGGCUACUGAAGGAAUUAAUGUUCUCGUUGAGAAAAAGGAAAUAAGCGGCAAGUGGGCUUAUGGAUUUUCAUGCAUUGAAUACACUGAGUUUGACAAAUUUGGGAUCCCAGCAGCUUCUUCAUCAAAGAGCACACUAGCAGACUUCCCAGCCAAUACAAACAUUUUGUAUGUUGAUUUGCGUUCUGCGGAGCAAGUCGGAUCACGCAAUGAUGAGAGCAGUUUACCAGGAUUGGUUCUAAAUAUCAAAAAACAAAUUGAAUAUGUGGACCAUUAUGGCAUCAAGCACAGUGUUUCUGGUGGCAGGCUGGAAUGCACAAUGCAAAAUAUUGCAGACAACUUUUGCAAUACAUAUCCAUCUCGGUGUUAUGGAGUAAAGGAAGAUGUCCUAGAUACAUUUAUGGUUUAUAAUGAACGAAGAAGGGUCACCUCAUCUGCCAAGAAAAAAAGAAGGCUGGGUGGCAAGUCGCUACACCAGACUCCAGAUGGAGCGUUGUUGGAUAUUACGAGGAAUGCAUAUGAUCUCCUUUCCUACUGUAAUAUAAAAAUUCCUGAAGUGGGAGGUAACGAAAAUUACAUUAAUUCUGGUCCACCAUAUCUCAUCUUUUUGCAUCCUGCUUUGGGCCCUCUUUGGGAGGUUUCUAGGCAAAAGUUUCAUGGAGGCUCCAUCUCCAAGGGCUCAGAGUUGCAAAUUGAGCUUGCUGAGUUCUUCUGGAGAGAUGUUCAGCUUGAUGGCAGCAUGAUCAUUGUUGCUGAAAAUGUGAUGGGCACUAUGAAGACUGAUGAGAGUAGGGAACCUCUGUUAGAGUAUGGUUACAGAUGUGCAAGGUGUAAGUUGCAAAAUGUCAAGGUACUGAACAAAGGAAUUGACUGGGAACCUGAAGGGAAUAUAUACUGGAGGCACGAGGUGCAUCGGAAUGAGUGUUUGAAGGUUAUGCUGCAUGGAAAUGCUGAAUUUGAGGCUACUGAUGUUACUCUCAAGGGAAGUCAUUUAUUUGAGGUUCCUGAUGGUUAUAGGUUGAAGGUUACAUCUGCAGAUCCAGGUAUAUCCUUGCAAUUAGACCCCAUCGAAGACUCUAAGAAAGAUACUGGAAGCUGGUUUUGGAAUUACAAGAUGGAUGGAGCACAUGUAAAGUUGGAAAUGGUAGAAUUGUGAUUCACUAAUUGCAUUCUUCACUUCCACCGAUGUGAAUAAUUGUUCACGGAAGAACUUGGGUGAUGAAUGUUCUGCUAUACCCUCUGAUUGGUUGAACAGAAGUUGAACCUUCACACGACAUUCUUUGCUUAUGUGCUAUAAAAGAGAUUAGAAAGGCUUGUGUCUCCUUUAAAUUUGGCCUCUCUAUAUCUCAAUGCACAUUUUCUGUAUGUAACCUCUGCUUGUACAUGAUAUGUAUAAUAUCAUAAUUGUUUUUGAAUUUUAUUUAUUAAUGAAGUAAUGUUAUAUAGUUCAAGUGAAAUUAAUUCCA